AAAGUGGGGGAAUCAGGCAACCUCAAAACCCGGUUUCAGUUCGUAGAGUUCCCUGAGAAUAGAAGCAGAGAAAAUGGAACAGAGCAUUCUCAUUCUCUGCUACGCCAUUGUAAGAAAAACUUCUUUUUGAGUGCUUUUUUUUUUUUUUUUACACUUUUCAACCGGCGGCUCCGACGUUAGUGAUCGGAUGGCUAAGACGGGAGUUUUCGAAUCUGAUCCGCCGGUGAUGGCGAAGGCGACGGAGUUGAAGAAAGAGCUGCAGAGACUGGUGCGGGCUAUAGUGGAUGAGGAGGAUUAUAGCGCGCAAACCAUUGAUGAGGCUAAGGAGAAACUUUGUGCUUUGAAGGAAUUGAGGCUGAGGGGAAAGAGGUCGCUCUCGUUGAAGCUCCUCGAGACGCUGUCUUGUCCUGCGGAGUUUCGGUGCCCCUUGUCCAAGGAGUUGAUGAGAGAUCCUGUUAUUGUCGCCACAGGGCAGACAUAUGAUAGACCUUUCAUUCAGAAAUGGCUAAAAGCAGGCAACCGGACAUGCCCUCUAACUCAACAAGUUCUGUCUCACACAAUCCUUACUCCAAAUCACAUAAUACGAGGGAUGAUAUCUAAAUGGUGUAAGAGCCGGGCGAUUGAGUUGGAUCCUGUUCACUAUAUCAAUGAGGAAGGGAUAACAGAAGCAGAUCGUGACCAUUUUCUUUCUUUGCUGGAGAAAAUGACUUCGACACGUACUGAACAAAAACAAGCCGCCAAGGAGCUUCGGUUGUUGACAAAGAGGAUGCCCUCGUUCCGGGCACUCUUUGGUGAGUCUUUAGAUGCCAUUCCUCAAUUGCUUAUGCCGCUUUUCGAAAGCAAUCCCCAAACAGGCAUUCACCUGGAUAUCCAAGAGGACGUGAUCACGACACUCUUGAAUCUCUCAAUCCAUGACAAUAACAAAAAGCUUGUUGCCGAAAAUCCGAGGGUGAUUCCUCUGCUUAUGGAAGCAUUGAGGUCAGGAACCAUUGAGACAAGGGCCAAUGCAGCUGCAGCCCUUUUCACUUUGUCAGCUCUUGAUUCGAACAAAUCACUUAUUGGGAAAUCUGGUGCCCUAGGACCACUCAUUGAUCUAUUAGAAGAAGGACAUCCAUUAGCUAUGAAAGAUGUUGGUUCAGCAAUCUUUAGCCUAUGCAUGAUCAAUGAGAACAAGGCAAGAGCUGUGCGGGAGGGCGCAGUGAGAGUGAUUCUGAAGAAGAUCACAGACCGUAUCCAUGUGGAUGAGUUGUUGGCUAUCCUGGCAAUGCUUUCAAACCAUCAGAAGGCCAUUGAGGAAAUGGGAGACCUUGGAGCAGUUUCUUGCUUGCUUAGCAUUAUUAGAGAGAGCAGUUGUGGACGUAACAAGGAGAAUUGCAUUGCAAUCCUCCACGCACUCUGUUUGAAUGAUCGAACCAAGUGGAAGGAAAUGAGAGAAGAGGAGAGCACCAAUGGAACUAUCUCUGAGCUUGCUAAGAAUGGAACUUCAAGAGCCAAGAGAAAGGCUAACGACAUUCUUGAGAGAUUGAACAGGAUUGUUAAUAUAAUGCAUACCUCAUGAUGAACUUGCUAGAGCACGCUGCAGAACAUAAUACUUUGUAAAUUCUACAUCUGUUUCUAGUUCUCACGGUGCAGAACUUAUGUGUAGUCAUUCUCAAUUAUCUUUUUGUAUAUUCUCUUUGUCUGGAGUUUCAGUUUCAGGUUUGUGAAUUAAAACUGUGAGUAUGUGAAUAAAUACAAAGGAGGUUUUAUUCACAA